UCUUCUUCGGUUAACCGGAAACAGUCGAUGUUUACCGGCAAGCAACAUUGUUCAAGCUAAUGCAUCCAUGCGAUAUUGUUUUUAGACUCAAAGCACCCGCGAUCACUAUUUGGAGUGGGUACUGCAAAAGCCAUCUUUAAAAACAUAGACUCUGUUGUGAAAUCGCUCAUAAACAAUGUCAAGCGCCGCUACCCUUCAGGCGCAAGUAACCUCCAUUAUGGAAAUUUUAGCCAGAAGUGCCGUGGCGGAGAUAAUCAAACUUGUGGAUGAAAGCUGCGCCGCGCUGCGCUCGGAAAUGUCGCGGAGCCGCAGCGAGAACGAAGCGCUGAGGAUGAAGCUGAAGCUAGUGGAGGGGGAGCUGAGCAGGCGGCCGAAGCGGCCGGACAGCCCUCACGAUCGCCGUGCAGAGCUGCACUGCUACGCUCACGGGAGGAAAGCAAAGGACCAGCCCCCCGUGGAGGUGACUCUGUGUGGGAGGACUUGGGACAUGGACGUCUGGGGAGACGCAGCAGGCGCGGAUCCAGCUUCAGAAGAGGACGUGCUGCAGUCCGCCUUUCCCAGGGACGCGGUGAUGUACUGGGGGGAGGAAGAGCAGGAGGCGACCCUGAUGAGGGGGAAGAAGCUGCAGGACUCCUGUCUGACCAGUAUCCCUCCCCUAGGAGGGAACAUCUGUGUCCAGGGGACAGACGCUCAGGAGAGACUCCGCACUGCACAUGGCUUCAGUGAUACGGGGACUGAGGGUGCAGGCGACUGCCACUCUUCAGAAAGAUCCAGAGAAUCGGGGCUUCAGGACCCUUAUACCCGCCCCUGUACUGAGACAUCCCCUCCAGCAGGGGGCUCUGCUGUCAGCCGGUCCGCUAAAGGUUUAGCCGAGGAGAAGCCCGAAGCUGACCUGCUGACUUUAGUGGUCGUUAAAGAGGAAGCUGAGAUGCAGCCUGUGUGCAGUGAGGAGGCUGCGAUAGAGGGGCUUCACGCGAAACCCGGGCACAGCGGCGGAAGGCAGCGAGACGUCAAGGCGGAGGGCUGGGGCUCACAGCAGCAUCGGCCAUUAGACAGACAAGAUAGAGAGAAGCUCCCUGAGGACGCGAGUGCGGAGAAGGAGCAUGCAAACAGCAGUAACCUCAGUAUGAAAAACAGGACUCGGAGAAAUCCUGUCACAGGGGCGAAACUGUACAGCUGUGCUCAGUGCGGAAAACAAUUUAGUUACCAGAGUAACGUCUACAAGCACAUGCGGAUACAUACUGGGGAGAAACCGUACAGCUGCACAUACUGUGGAAGGAAGUUCACUCACCAGAGUAAUCUGCAAGAACACAUGCGCAUCCACACCGGGGAGAAACCCUUCAGCUGCCCUGUGUGCGGCAAGCGCUUCACGCAGCAAAGCAGCCUGAAACGGCACCAGCGCGUGCACACGGGCGAACGGCCCUUCAGCUGCUCCCACUGUGGCAGGAGCUUCACGCGCUUCACCUACCUGAAAAUGCACCAGCAGCUUCACGCCAAAGAGAAAACGGACGGCUGCGUUAAAUAUGGCAGAGGAUUAAAUUUCCGUCUCCGCGGUCAGUGUUCAUAAAGCAUCUCCGAUUCAUCCUGAGGAUGAUAAUAAAAGAGAGUUUGGAGCGAAAAUAACUUGUACCUCAAAGUAGCUAUUUGGCUGUUACACCAUGUAAGUGGGAAAUAAUGGUUCCUACAGAUAUUAGGACCCUUUUGUGUCGCGCUAACUCUGCUGUGCGCUGGUGCCUCAGUGGUCAGCAGCUUGGCUUCACAUCUCUAGGGUUUUUGUCUCUGGCUUUGAUUAUGUGGAACCUGCAUGUUCUUGUGAAACGUGGAUUUCCUUCUGUAGUCCAAAGACUCCAAAGCUCUGAAUGGCCCAUAAAGUGUGACUGGGUAUGUCCCUCACCUUGUGCCCUGUGGUGGGCUCCAGGAACACUGUCACCCUCUGCUAGAGAAGUAAAAUCAGUGUCUGGAAAUAUUACAUAUAAUCCACAUUCAUCUUUGGCAAAAUACAUUUUACUCAAUCCAAACCAUUUGAAGCCGGCAAUAAAUGAAUGCUGGUUUUAGAUGUGUAGUGUAGACGGGCUGUUAGCAGAAAUUCUGUGUCUAUUUUUGAAUUUACUUUCAUGUGUCCAGAGUUGCAUUACAAAAGGAGGAUGAGAGCAUGAAAUGGAAUACCUUCAUAGCAAGCUUCCUGUCUUCACGCUGAACUACGAGACCUGGUUUGACAUACGCGGGUAUUUUGGAUGUCCUCUGUGCAAGUUUGUAAAUUUUCCUCAGAUUCUCUAAUCCAGACAGUUCACGUUACUUGAAUAUUACUGAAUAUAUUUAUUUGCAUAUUUUUUCUGCAUAGUUUCCUCCCAAAAUAAAACUUGGUAAAAGCAUUAAUAAGUGGUUCUCAAAUAGGUACCGCAGCAUUUGCAUUUGUGGUAAAAUCUAAAGUGACAUCAGUAUCCAAAUUUUAAUAUAGCUAUUUUAGCCCUUCCUCUGAGGGUUCUGCAAAGUUGCUUUAACAAAGUAUUUCUUGAGUUAAUUCUGUCACUGACACAUGGCACACAAAAGUGGUCUGAAACAACAUAGUUUUUCAGGACUCCAUGCUCAUUAAGUCUUUCUCACUAAGGAUUUGAAUUUUUUUUGUUCCUUCAAUUUUGUUCUAUUGAAAAUUGCGCACGUCAAGAAAUCCCCUAACUCGCAUCUCCCAUUCUGACAGAUGCAUAAACAAAAAUAUGUUAUAUAUAUAUAUGGUAUAAUUUGUAUACUACAUUAAAACUGCUACAAGACUAAGA